AUGCCCAUAGAGAAUAUGCCCAAAGAAGCAAACGAAGUGGAUUCACCACAGUCUCAACAUCAAGAGAUCACCGUCGAGCAUGGUUCACCUUUGUCCAAUGACGAAUUGUUGAAGAUAAUACAGGGAGCCAAUGGCAUGCCGGUGCUCUUCAUCCCCUCUGGCAACGGUCGGCUUGCGGCUGUAGCUGUCGACGGCCUUCAGAAUCUGGUGCCCACCAAUCCCACAGGCGAUCAAUCUGCUAAAAAAGAGAGGCUCCAAGACUUUCGUGCCUGGCUACUUUUCCUCACUUCACUGGUUGCCACCAUGUCCUACACCGCGGGGCUUACUCCACCCGGUGGUUUCUGGAGCGCCGAUGACAAAGAAAAGGGAUACAGCGCUGGUGCGUCGGUUAUGCGUGACAAGUUCCCCCCGAGGUACCUGGCUUUUUGCUACAGCAACGCCAUCGCCUUCUUCUCGUCGUUGAUCAUCAUUGUCAUGCUAGCAGGAAACAUAAAUAAAGAGUUCGUCAGAUUUUACAAUCAAAUUUUCAAGAUGCUUGUAGCACUUUGUCUCAUGAGCGUGGUGGCCAGCUUCGUCUCCGGCACGUGGGAAAGCAUGCUUCAAGCUUACAUGUAUGUGCUGCUUCUAGCUAUCAUUUUCGUCAUGCUGGUCGCCUUGUGUGUGCGCGAACGGCACAAGCAUCAGCAAGAUGAUUGA